UCAGACCAUAGCAGCUGCCCUGGGCACAUGCUUCCCUUUCUUCUUCACCCAGGACUCUCAGUUGGCCUUGUGGGUUGUUUCCCUACGUGGCAGGCAUCCCUGGAUCUUAGGGCAAGAGAAGAUUCUAGUUAUAACAUUUUGAUCAGCUGCAGGACUGGAGCAACCAAGACAGGGCAGCAACAGGUGCAAAAAUGAUGAAAGUUUAUUGCCUCUGAUGGGAGUCUGGGGUAACCCUAGAACGUUAGGAAAGGCCUUACCAGAAGAAGGGGACUCCCGAGUUAAUGAUUACAGUGAAAGCAGAAGUAAGGACAAAAACAAGAGCCUGUGGGAGGAACAAGAGGACUUCAGUGAAGCUGAACAGGAGGUGGAGAGAGAAUUCUGAAUCGCAAGUUCAGAGGAAGACGCUCUUGUUCUGUCUGUGCAAAACUAAUAGUUUGGCACCACUGACAGUGAAGGAUUCUCACAGUUCUCUUCACUUGAGCAAAGAAUUGAGAAGGCAAGUCUGUGGUCCACGUACACAUUUCCAGAGAAAGUUAGCACCCAGAGACUAACAGCACUGGGAAAGCUACCCACAAGUGUCGUGCUCUACCGAGAAAAAAACAAGAAGUUGCUGUUCUACUCAGGAUUAACCAAGAAGCCAUGAAAUCCCUUCCUGUGGGGAACUUAGAAGAUUGCCUGCUGAGUAAGGUGGACUUGAGGCGCCAGCGGAUUUCCCAGACUGUGGAGGAGGUGCAGAAAGUCAUUCACCAACUGACCACGGAAAUCAGCCACCAAGACAUUAGAUUCCAAGCCGUGCCUUACUCUGACACAUACAACGGGAACAUUAAGGUUCUGGCCCCCAGUCAGUUCCUCGUCACAGUCCCAGUAAAAGGCCUGGCGGGGUACAGGGAGGCCAAGGAGCAGCGCUGGCGGUACUACACCCUGCAGGGCACCAGGCUGCCCUGCCCCUUGCCGGGCCCCGAGGGCCUGCAGCAGUGGCUGGAGGUGGAGCAGUUUGUGAAGAGCCUGUGGCAGUGGCAUGAGGCAGACGUGAACAUCGAGGGGGACAUCGUGCCCGCCAAGGUCCUCCAGGUGUUCCGGAAGCUGGCGGAAAACGCAAUUAGAGCCUGUCACCUCUCAGGUAAGGUCAGCAUGCUAGCAAACCGCUCUGCAGUUUGGGUUGCCGUGGAAACAUCCGUAUGUCAGGUGGAGCUAGAGCUGGCCCCCACAGUGGAGAUCCCCACCACCUGGUCGGAGAAGGCCCGGUGGCCCCGAUGUCUGAAGCGCUGGCCUUCCCCGGAGAGAGUGGAGUGCAUCAAGUCAUUUGGGUUUAACUUGCUGGCCCGUUCGAAUUACCACUGGGAGCUGAGCUUCCUCCAGGCCGAGCAGGUGUUGCUGGAGCAGCUGGAUGAGGACGGGGGCUGCCGCAGGAGGUGUCUGCAGGUCAUGAGGCAGCUGAAGGAGGACGUCUGGUGCCCGGGGAAGAGGCCCAUCCUCUCGUCCCACCACCUGCAGACGGUGCUCUUUUGGACCUGUGAGAAAUAUCCCCACUUUAAAGACUGGCAGGUCUUCGGCAAAGCAUUCCUGCGCCUGGUGAGGAAACUGCACAAGUGUGUGAGCCAGCACUUUCUGAAACACUACUUCGUCCGAAACAGCAACCUCCUACGGUGCGCGAACUCGGGCGAACUGGACGCAGUGGCCCAAAAGCUGGCCUUCUUCCUGAAGAACCCCCAGAUCAGCCUGCCCUGAGGGCUGCCCCGGCCUGGGUGGCUCUUGGACAUUUCAUUUGGGCUUGACCUCAUUUUCUGGAUGGUUCCUAAGUCAGGUGCCAGGAUCCUGCCCAGGAGAGAGGAAACACAUGGCAGAGGGAAUCACGUCCGACCAGCAGCACUUAAGGGGGGAAAGCUGUGCCCACGAGGUCUGGCCCAGGCCUCCCUGGAGCCGAGCGAGCAUUUCAGCCCUAGCUACCUCUCUUGGGGACGCCUCUCAUCAAGCUUCCCCAAGCCACAGAUUCCGAACAGAUCACAGUUCUGAGUUUAUUUUCCUCUGCUCAGGCUCGAGUGUCUGACGGGGGGAUGGAGACAGAACCCCUCAAAGGCUAGACAUUAACCUGCUGCCCCGGAGUGCUGUCCAGCCCACUGGACACGGGCUCACUGUGCCUCCCACAGAGCAGGGCUGUGAGCCUGUGGCACUGUGCUGGUGCCUUUUCAAGGCACUGGGGAAGGCCUUGGAUCAACACGAAGUGUCACUGGCUGGUGUUUGCAUCCUGGGUCAGCACCCGCAGCACUGAUGGAGUGAUUGCACCUGAUGCGUAAGCGUGCCUGCCUGUGCUUGCAGCCUGGCAGCUUCCCUGGGCGGUGGUUCCGCCUGCUUCCCUGGUGUUCUCUGAGCAGGGAGGGAAUGGUUUUGAUGGUAAGAGCAAGUCAAAGAUGACAGUGCAGCUCUGUCUACCGCCUGAGCCCAGCCACAGCCCUCUCUUUGCUUCUCAUGCCAUGACGGGACUUCCUGAUAUUUAUGUAAUGAACUCAGUACUACGGUCUGCAGGGAAUGACCUUGGCGUGGCUCACCUCUCAAUGCAUUCCUUUACUCGCUUCAUUCACUCCCUCAUUCAUGGGUAAACAAAUAUUCAUUCGGCACUUGGAAUACAGCAAAGACGACAAAGACUUCCCUGGUGGGGAUAACACCUGAUGGUGGAGACAAGGAAUGAACAACAGAUUCGUAAACACGAUAUUACAGAGGGGAGAGAAUGCUCUGAAAGAAACAAUCAAUGUUGCAGUCGAGUCCCAGAAAGAUCCAGGCAGGAUGAAAAUGCACACAGCUGAAAGGGAAGGAAAGGAGAACGAGGGCAGGCCUGGAGGGGCUGGCAGGAGUCAGGUCACUUGGCCUUGUAAAGCUGUGAGGAAUCAGUAUUUUCUUCUAGGAUCAAAGGUGUGACAUUUGGCCUCUCCCGAAGCAGAGGGGUAUCAUGAUCUGACUUGCAUUUUAAAUGAAUGUUCUGACAAGUGCAUAAAGAGCGUCUGGGGGCUCAUGCGAGAGUCAGGGGGACGGCAGUCCCUCGAGUCACCCAUCUGGAGUCUUGCUAGACCCACAAAGCAACACCUCCUGCGCAGCACAACUGACCGGGAACUCCGGGAGGUCCUGGUGACGCCAGUGGUUUCUUCUGGCGUUUGCUUACUGCGUCUCAACUCAGGGGCUCCCUUAUUACUUUGGAAUAUUUCCCCCCAAAUAUGCAUAACAAAGUCAAAUUUCUAAAGCAUGACCUACUGAUUUUGUUUUGAUGAAAAUCCACAUUUGGAAAUGAAAAUAAUGAUUUUUCAAAACUACUGUAACCAAAUGGUGGGGGCCCUAGGUUAGCACAUAGGAAAUUACGGUUUUAAAAUGUUAGGGGGGAAAAAAAAGUCUUUCCAAACAUAUGAUAAUGAACAAACUAAUGUUUUGUUAAAUCAUCAAAAAACUUGCAUUCUAAUUCUCAUAUUCCUGUAUCUUGGGAAAGAUCACUUUGAGAGGGUGGCAAACGUAACAGGUUUUUUUCUUUUUAUGAUGAAAACAUCUUAAGCAAGUUUUAAAACAGCUAUGCGAUCACAAAAUGCCAAAAAGUGAAAGUGAUUGUACCAUUGGUCCAGCACGUGUGUAUGUGUGGAGAGAGAGAGAGAGACUGACAUGCGCCAAGGUCAGAUUCCAAUGGACUCUUGACCUCCCCAGGAGAUCUGCGGGUCUUGCCGGAGGUGGGGCUGUCUGCAGAUUCCUGCGCUUUCCCACUUACGGCCAGCAGAGGGCAGCAGGAGACCACAUAUGAAAAGCUCCGCGUUCCACGCAUACUUGUCCGCAGAGCCCAGCAGGUGUCACUCGUCUCAGCCCAGCACUUAAACACCUGGCUCCUCCAAAGCAGGGAACCAGGGACAGUGGAUUCCAGCUGACGCUAAAUUGUUGACUUUUCCUGCCAUUCCAGCCCCCAAUUAGUCUUAAUGCUAGAAGUUCAGAUAUAAAAAGGGAGCUUAUGAGGGGACAGUCCAUCCUGGGGCCUGGAGCAUUCAGCUUCCUUUGUUUCUGGGGACAGACUGCACAGCUCUGAAAAGUCUGAUAACAUUACUCCUCUAUUCUAGUCAGUUUUUUGUUGUUGUUUUUUUUUUUUAAUUCUCCAAAGAGCUUUUCCAUCCUUCUGCCCUCUGCUAGGCACAGGACUAGCUUUACAGAGGAGUGGUUGGUAUUCAGCCACUGCAACUGACCUGCCAGCCUUUGCCUCCCUGUUCUGACACGGUGUCACCGCAUGCCCUGGGCAAGUCGUCUGACCCCUCUAAAUCUCCAGUUCCUUCUCUCCAAGACAAGCACUUUUACGCCCUGAAUGGUGACUCCCCCGAAUUCAUACGUUGAAGCCCUAACCCCUGGCACCUCAGAAUGUGACUGUGUUUAAAGAAGUGAUUAAGCUAAAAUGAGGCAUUUAGGGUGGGCUCUGAUCCUCUCUGACUGGGGUCCCCAUAAGAAGAGGAGAGUGAGGGCCAGAGACAGCAGGGUGAGCCCACGGAGGGCGGCCACCCACAAGCCUCGGAGAGAGGUCUCGAGGGAACCAACCCUGCCCACACCUUGACCUUGGACUGCCGGAAUCCAGAACUGUGAGAAAUAAAUUUCUGCUGCUUAAGCCUCUCAGUCUGUGGUAUUUUGUUAUUUUCCUGCGGCCCUGGGAAACUACACAGGUAUCAUGAGAGAAUAUGUGUCUCAUUGCCUUGGUGAAA